AUGAGGGACGCGCGGUUCGGCCGGGUGCCGGGGAGGGUCUACCGGCCCCGCGCGCCAUCUGCCGGCCUGCGGGCGGGCGCCAUCUUCUGCCACGGCGGCGGCUGGCUGUACUGCAGCUUCGGGAGGGAAAUUUGUAUUUACAUUUAUGACAUUUCCUUCUCUUAUACUUGUCUCUUUCUGUGUAGUAGGUAUCAUUUAGCUCCUGAACACAAAUACCUUGCUGCGUAUGAAGACUGUCUUAAUGCCACCAUACACUUUAUGAAGAAUAUAGAGCUCUAUGGCGUGGAUCCUGCCAAUGUAAUUGUCUGCGGGGACAGUGCUGGGGGCAAUCUAGCAGCUGCUGUUAGCCAGACCCUUGCAGGUAGAUCAGACCUCCCCAAACUACGUGCUCAGAUCUUGAUCUACCCAGCCCUUCAGGUGCUGGACUUCAAUUUACCAUCCUAUCAGCAGAAUCGGGGAGUCCCUCUCUUAUACUGAGAACAUGCCGCUUUCUACAUGUUACAGUACCUAAAUGAAUGCAUCAAAUCUGGAGAGGUCUUGGAGGGUUCCCAUAUUCCUAUAGAUAUUAAAUUAAAUUAUAGGAAGUGGGUGAGUCCAGAUAACAUCCCUGAAAAAUUUAAGGUCAGAGGCUACAAACCACAUGUGCUACUUGACUGUACAACCGAAGUGUAUGAGACAGUGAAAAGAUUCUGUGAGCCCAACCUGUGUCCGCUGUUAGCUGAAGAUGCUCUUAUUCAGCAGCUGCCUGAGACUUUCAUGUUGACUUGCGAGUAUGAUGUGCUGAGGGAUGACGGCUUGCUUUACAAGAAGAGAUUGGAGGACAACGGUGUUCGAGUGACCUGGUACCGCCUCGAGGAUGGAUUAUCAUAAGCCUAUAUGAUUACUGCAGUUUCUUAUUUCCAGCUGGGGAAAGGGGAUUGGACAGCAUUGUUAUAUUCAUAAAAGCUCUGUAAAAACAACUUUCCCUCUUUAUGCUUCUCCCACUAAUGUCUCCGUUUAGGCUUCCAAACCUCAGGUAGUACUUGUCAGCAAAAAUUUGAUACCCUUUGAUGUGUAAAAUACCGAUUUUGAUAUUAAUGAACUUCAAGUACUGUCUGAACACUGGUCUUUGUCCUCAUGAGACUAUUGACAGUUCAGUCUUUACAGUUUAAAUAUUUUCCA